UACAGAGCAUAGAGCAGUCAGUCACAUAAAGCCCUGUAAGGUAAACGUGUUGCAGCGCCAUUAUUUUUUAAUUUACCUUACUUAUAUUAUCUGUAUAGUGUAUUCUGUUUACAACUUUUGUUUUGUUUUCUUUUUGUAUCGCAAUGGGCAAGGUAGCGACAGCAGAUGCUCUUCGAUUUAUGACAGAUUGCUUAAAAGCCGUCGGAGCUGCGGCUAAAGCAGCACAACAACAGGCUGAGCUGCUGAUCGAGGCGGACAGGGUGGGACAUCCGAGCCAUGGACUUAAUAGAUUAGAAUUUUACGUGAACGAUAUCAUAUCCGGAGCAUGCAAACCAAACAAUCAGCCAAAGAUUUUGAAAGAAAGUGCGUCGACUGCCUGGGUGGACGCUAACAAUGUGCUCGGCGCUACUGUCAGCCACUUCGCGAUGGAUAUUGCCAUAAACAAGGCUAAACAAACCGGCGUUGGAUGGGUGACCGUAAAAGGUUCAAAUCACAAUGGCAUGGCUGGCUACUGGUCGAAAAAAGCCGCGGAUAAGGGUCUUAUCGGCAUGGCGUUCACGAACACGUCGCCGUUACUCGCUCCUACGAGAAGUAAAAAGGCAGCAUUAGGAACAAAUCCUCUAUCAGUAGCCGCUCCAGGAUCAGACAAAGAAACCUUUUACUUGGACAUGGCGACAACGGCUGUUGCCGUUGGGAAGAUAGAAAUGCAAAUGCGGAAAGGCGAAACUUUACCAAAAGGUUGGGCCCAAGACCCUGACGGUAAGGAGACACAGGACGCAGAGCUGGCUUUCAAGACGGGCUGCUUAAUGCCACUUGGCGGAGGCGAAGACACAUCUGGGUACAAGGGAUUUGGACUUGCUGCAAUGGUAGAACUUUUUUGUGGAAUAUCAUCAGGUUCAAACUACGGACACAAGAUUCGCUCGUGGUCUCACAGCGGGGACGGUGGUCCAGCAAACUUAGGCCAUUGUUUCAUAGCUGUGGAUCCAGAAAACUUCGCUCCAGGUUUCGGUGACAGAUUAACAGAAUGCAUGCGACAUUGGAGAGAAUUAGAACCGGCAGAUAAAAGUCUCCCAGUGUUAGCACCAGGUGACAAGGAGAAAAAUGCAUCACAGCUUACAGAUUCGAGAGGAACUGUUUCCUAUGUGAAGCAACAGUUGGACUCAAGUGCGGCUCUCGCUAAGAAACUGUCAGUUAAGCCCAUGGAAGUUGUAGAGUGAUUAAUGCAAAUACAACGGUUGAAACAUUCACAAUAUGUGAAUUAAAAUAAUAUAUUUUAGGAAUGGAAGAUUAAAUAAUUAUAUAUUGUAUUUUUUACGCUCUUAUAUGUAUAUAAAAUAAAGUCUAUUUUAGUUUGCAUGUCUAAUGGUCAUUGAACUUUCCCGUAUCCUUUUUAAUGUAUUUCCUGAAUGCAUUAAGGCCAUUUUUACGUUUUUAGUAAAUUCCUUUCGAACGCUGUAUUUAGAUUGAUAGAUAAAUACUCUUAUUGUACAUCACACACAUAUAAUGUAAUGAAAUGAUUAUCAUAAAAUAUUUAGUAGUGAUUUCUUCCGGACAACCUAAGUAUUAGUAUUUUUCAUGAAAUGGAUGGAAGGUAUAUUUUUUAUGAUGUCGGUAGGCGGACGGGCAAACUGUUUAGUAAAGAUUCUUUUCAAGGAAUAACAUAAAGAGAUUCCAUAAAGAGUUAUUUAACGGCCGUCUAAUAUGGAAAGCAUCCAAAAUAUAUCAGUACCCAUCUGUGCGGCGAUUGUGAUAAAUAGAUUACCUAUACAAUAACUCAUAGUCUAUUCCCAAUAAUUGACGAGAUAUCAUUGGUCGAGAUUUUAAAUAAUCUAUAACAUUCAGUAUGGAUAUGGCUAAAAAA